CAUCUAAUCUUCUGCCACUCCAUAUCUCCCUGUAUUUAUAUCGCGCUUUUUGCUGACUCGCGCCUUUCACGUCGUGCUCCCGCCGGCGCCACCUUCCACGACGAUCUCCGCCACCUGAGACGCCCUCCGCCACCUCGCACGAUCAUCACCACCUUCGAUCUCGCGCUAUCUAUCCACUAUCCACUAAUGUCUGGUCCUCCGUCGUCGCCGCGGGCGAAAGAGUACUCGGAGCUCUUUGACUUCUUUGAAAGCCUUAUGAAGCGGCGGCCACGCGUGGAAGACAAGGACGCGACAUCCGAAUCGGAGACCGUCGAAGUCGAGACACCACCUGUGCCACCCGAACUCGUACCUCUAUUCCACCGCAAGGUCUCCGGCAGCAAGCGAGCCGUCUUCGCUGAUGCAUCGGAUUCCGACGAGGACGAAGACAGUGGCAAGGGGUCUGGCAAGGACAAGGGUUCUGGCAAGGAUAAGAAAUCCGGCAAGGCCUUCCCCAUGCCGCGCAACAUCUCGCCCUACCCAUUCAGCUUCAAGAUGAUGAUCCACAAGAUCUACGAGGACGAGUUCCUCAGCAAGUGCAACGAGUUCCUUGCCAAGUCGCGCGAGCAGUUCAAGCCACUGGCCGAGCAGCCGACGCCGGAGCGCCAGGGCACUGGCUCCUCGCCCACCGGCAGACUGCAGGCGCCCAUCCUUGGCGGCGGCAAGCACAACCUGCCACCCACGCGCCCGCGCCGCAACACCCUCGCCACCAACCGCACCAACCCGCCCCCCACCAGCCCCCGCUCCCCCAUGCCCACGCCCCCGCGCUUCCCCGCCUCUGCCAUGCGCCCGCUGCUCGACAUCGGCCGGGGCGACACCAACGAAACGCGCGCGACAAAGAAACGCUGCACAGGCCGCCGCCUCUCCGCCGUCGAGCCCGUGCCCGGGUGGGUGUACCACUCCGAGAUCGCAUCGGCGGCACGCGACAGCAGGGAGAGCUUCGAUGCGCCCCCAGGCUCGGCCGCGAAGGAGGGUCCGGCGACCCGCUACAAGGGCCUCGGGCUCGGGCACCCAUCGACGAACGUCGCUACUAGUAGCACCCCGUCGAAGAAGCGCGUACGCACGCGCGCCGUGAGCAUGGCGGGGCCCACCGCGCAGCGGUUGAUGGUGUGAGACGGCGGCGUUCGCGAUGGGGUGCAGAUAUCACUGGACACGCCUUUGUUCACGAGACGGGGACGCCGAGAAGGUUGAUCGGGGAGGGCGAUGGACCGCUAUAACAAUCAGAGUAAAUCAGCUUCCACGACGAUAUGAAGCGCACGACAGAACCUACGCACCAGCUACGAUCAAGAUAAUCCAUACCUAUAAUGAUGAGCUUCGAUAUUCAGUACUUUAGUUUACUUGAUUCCUGCAACCAAUGAGAUGACGCUGGUGCAC